AUGUCAACUCUACUUAAAAUAUAUCAAAUAAAUAAAGUGAGCAACAAAAAAACAUUGCAACCUCUAAAUUUAUAUCGUCUGAGCAUCAAUAAUUCGAAUCAUCAUUUCAAUCAUAAAGAAUUCGUCAAUAAUCUUGUGAUACAAAAUUUUCACCCGAAACACCAAUCUUGUUCACCUGCAUCAUUAUUAUACCACCAUCAUUAUCUAUUUCCCAAAUCGACCUUGUCUUCAAUAUCCACCUUAAUUGCGACAUCCAAAAAUCAAUCAUCAAUACAAAAUCCUUUGAUAAGAAGCUCCCUAACAUCAAAGAAUAAUCGAAAUCGAAUCAUAAAAAUAACAUGCCGCAAUAGAACCACAACACGCGUCUCUGUUGCAUCUUUACCAAGUAUCUCGGAGAAUUUUAAACAGAUUGAUAAAAGCGUGGAUGAUAUAACAACGCUGUUGAUGGAAGGCGUGAAAGACGUAUUGAAAAAAUACCCGCAUUGCGUUGUGUUGACACAAGUUGGAGUUUUCUGGGAGCUUCAUUUUCAGCAAGCAACAAAACUCGCACCAUUGCUAGAUAUUAAAAUAGGUAAAAGGAAAGUAAAAAAAGAGAAAGUACCGGUUGUUGGAUUUCCUGUUCAUGUAUUGGAUAAAUAUCUACAGAUACUAUUGGACGAAGGUCAUUCGGUGGCCCUCUGCGCCGAAACACCAAACAGGAAUGCAGAAUACGGUGAUUUAAAAUAUGUAAGAAAUGUCACUCGCAUAAUUACACCGGGAACGCUGAUCAGCGAAAGUUUUCUCGAUCACAACAAGAAUAAUUUCCUUCUCGCAAUCGCUUUGGACGAGUCAUCACAAUCCACUGGACUCUCUUGGAUUGAUAUUUCGACUGGGGAAUUCUUUAUGCAAAAAUCUUUACUCGUUGCAUUGUCUAGUGACAUUACGCGUAUCCGUCCCAGCGAAAUUUUGCUGAGUGACGUAUUUAAUCUGUUUCCGGAGCAUAAAAUAUGGAAUCAUAUCGAUCGAGAAGAAUAUCCGGUUUCUUUUGAGCCGGGGAAUACUUUCGAUGCAAAGAUCACCACGUGGGAGGCUGAUUUGAAAUCCGAGGGAAUUGCGUUUGAUGAAGUGUUUUCGCCGAUUGAGAUGAAAGCUAGCGCUGGAUUGUUCAAAUAUAUAGAGAAAAAUUUGGUUGGUCGUAAAAUUAGAGUGGAUCAGCCAAUUAGGGUUAAUCCGGAGGAUACAAUGAUUAUAGAUGCUACUGCUUUGGCUUCUUUAGAGAUUACCACUUCAAUGCGUGAAAAUCGUAAGAAAGGGAGUUUAUUACACGCUAUCCAACGAACUAAAACUGCUUCUGGAUCUCGCAUUCUAAAUCGUUGGCUAAGAUUACCAUCAACAUCACUAGAUGUAAUCACAACUCGCCAGGACUUGGUUGAAUAUUUCUACAAUAAUACACACUUAACCAGUGAUAUACGCGUUUUCCUGGAAGAUUGCAGUGACGCACAAAGAAUGACCCAACGAUUAUCGGUAGACUAUGGGGGAAUUGAGGAUUACAUCAAGCUGAAACGUAACAUCAAAUCAACAAAAGGAAUUGAAAACCGUAUACGGGAAGAAUUACAGACCAAUCCGAAUAAUUCCAUGGAAGCUUUUAUCAAUCGAUUACAAUCACAAGAUUAUUUGAUGAGUAAAAUUGAUAGCGCAUUUAAUGAAGAGACUUUGAUUAAGAUGCAGGAAGCUAAUAUCGAACUGAAUGUUCCGUUGAACGCUAAUGCUAUUAAUAAUCCUAUUAAUAAUAAUAAUAGAGAAUCAAUGCCGUCAAUACGUCAUAGUAGGAGGAGAACAAAUCAGUAUAAACCAUUUUCACAAGCAUCAUCAACUUCACAAGAAUCAUUUUUUGACGAUAAAAAUACUGAUCAUUGGUAUAUUAAGAAAGAAUAUUCGCCAACAUUAAAAAAGUUGCAUUCGAAGUUAGAAAAUUUGUAUCUCGAGAAAACUUCUCUUAUAGAGCAAUUGAAAAAUGCUUUGGGUGUAACAAAAAUUCUCCUAUCACAUACCCCUCAUGGAUUUGUUGCGACUAUUAGUCGCAAAGAGGAAGAUCAAUUUCAAAAGGCUUCGUCCGUCCUACCUUUUUCAUUAUCAGAAUUGAAACCUACCUUUGUGAAAAGAGAUAAAAAAUAUGCGAUUUAUUUUAUUCCGCAAUGGAAUCAACUGGGUGGAGAAAUUGAGAAUAGUAAAACCGACAUACGCAAAUUUGAGAAUAGAGUCUUUGCAGAUUUACGAAGUAAGGUGAUACAAAACUGGAAUCUUACCGUUCAAAAUUCAUGUAUAAUCGAUGAAUUGGACGUGACUUCAUCGUUGGCCAUAUUAGCGAAGGAAAUGAAUCUAGUACGACCUUUGAUCAAUAACGGAACGACUCUUAAAAUUGUCGGUGGUCGUCAUCCAAUCGUCGAAUCAUCUCUUAAAGAAAAUAAUAUCCCUUAUACAAAAAAUGAUUGUCAUAUUGACGAGGAUAAAGAACGGGUGUUGUUGAUUACUGGCCCAAACAUGGGUGGCAAAAGCACUUUUUUACGACAAAAUGCUGUGAUUGCCGUAUUGGCUCAGAUCGGAUCUUUUGUCCCCGCCGAUUAUGCAGAAAUUGGAAUUGUUGAUCAGAUAUUUAGCAGAGUUGGAGCUUCCGAUAGUUUAUUCCAGAAUCAAUCAACCUUCAUGGUAGAAAUGAUUGAAACAGCUCACGUGUUGCAAAAUGCGACACCACGAUCUUUUGUAAUAAUGGACGAAGUAGGCCGAGGAACCACAACAUUGGACGGGAUCGCAAUAUCUUUCGCCUCGUUAUAUCACCUACACUACCAUAAUCGGUGUCGAACAUUAUUCGCCACACAUUUUCACGAAUUGUCGGAAAUGAUAAAGGAUUUCGAGCACACUGCUUGUUAUUGUACUAGUGUUGAAGCUCAUAAAGAUGGUAGUUUUCAUUAUGUUCAUCAAUUGAAAGAAGGUGUUAACAAAACCUCAUUUGCUUUAAAGGUUGCACAAUUAGCAGGAAUGCCAUCGUCAGUAUUAAAAGUGGCAGAACACACAUUGAAACAUCUGGAACAACAAUACAAGCCAGCAAUCAUCAGUAUGGACUUUUUGAAGGAGUUGGAAGUUAAAGCGACAAAGAAAGAGGUGUUAACGGCGAAGACACAAAACGAUAAAGAAGAUAGUAAUGAGGAAGUUAGGAAAGUGACAAAGAAAAGGAAGCUGACAGCAAAGACGCAAAAUGAUAAGGAAGAUGAUAAUGAAGAUAUUAAUGAGAAAGCGACAAAGAAAAAGAAGCUAACAGCAAAGACGCAAAACGAUAAGGAAGAUAUUAAUGAGAAAGCGACAAAGAAAAAGAAGUCAACGCAAAAGAAGUUAACGGAAAAGACGCAAGGUGAAGGCGAGCAAAAGAAGUUAACGGAAAAGACGCAAAGUGAAGGCGAGCAAAAGAAGUUAACGGAAAAGACGCAAAAAACAGGCGGAAUAACAGCAACCUCGUCAUCUGGUUUAAUCUUCACUUCAUUCUCAUUUUGCUCUUUAUCCACAUACUCCAUAUUCACCGCGUACAUGCUAUGCUCUAGUAUAGGUUUUAAUCCUGGAUGUCGUGUCAGUAAAAGGUUUGAAAUUGGAAUUUUCUCAGAAGAUACUUUUGUAACAUCUCGCGCUGAGGCAAAGUAA